AUGCCUGUUAUCUCCCGCCUAAUCUCCAUUGUCUUUCGCGUCGCGCAAAUUGUUUGUGGUGCGGUCGUCGCUGGUAUCAUCGGUCACUACCUUGCCCAAUACAGUGGUGACGCAUGGCCUGAGGCCCGCUGGAUUUACACCGAAGUUGUCGCCGGGUUAUCAAUCCUCCUUGGCCUGAUAUGGCUCAUACCAUUUUCCUCUGGAUUCUUUUCCUGGCCAUUUGACGUCAUAAUCUCCCUUGCGUGGUUUGCCGCAUUCGGUAUCCUUGUCAACGCCAUUCACAAGUUCAGCUGUGGCAGUAUCUGGCACUGGGGUGGUCUCUACCGCAACAAUACCUGCAGUCGCUGGAAGGCUGCUGAAGCGUUCAGCUUCAUCUCGGCCAUUGUCUGGCUUGCUUCGGCGCUUGUGGGUCUCUGGUUCACUUUCCGUGUCAGAAAGGAUAGCACUGCUCCUACCUAUGGUCGCCGUCGCUUCUUUGGCCGUUCUGCCGUCUAA